UCAAAAUCUGCCUACAAUUCUUUCACCUGAAAACUGGUCUUCUAGUUUUUCUGUGCCUGUUAAUGGAUAGCUUUUCAUACAUGGCAGUGCCUACUUAAAAAACUGAAACAGGAUAAGGAUUUGCAUAAUAUGUCUGAUAUGAAAUGAGCCACAGGACAGGCAGAGAGCACAAAGUAGGAGAGCCUUUCACAGGGAUUAAAUGCACUGUGGAGAAAUCCAUGUUUCAUCAUGUCUGUCUAUACAACAGAUCAAACUUUCAUCUGUCUUCUUAUGGUCAUGAUGGCAGGCGCCGAAGUGCAAGAAAGCCUUUCAUCUGAGUGUAAGCAGUUCUUGUAUAUGGGGACGCUGCUUCGUGGGCUUAAGGAGCAGCCGCUUAAAAAGAUCUGCCAGUUCUAUGCGGGUAAACCACGAUUUUUCACCCUCUACGACACCUUCAGCCACAUCCCUGUUUAUUCAGCGUAUACCUUUAAGCGCUCAGACGGCUCCAAGAAAGUGGAUGUGCCUUGGAUGUAUGAGCCACAGCUCUCCACAGCAUCUGGCGCCAGAGACAUGCAGCAGUUCCCUCCAGAAAAUGUCCAUGGGAGUUUUGAGGAUGCUCAGGCUGUGCUUGAUGACUACUCCAACACUGUGAUCUACGAACGUGGCCAGCUGAAUCCGGAUGAGCACCAAGCCGACCCGGCCGACAAAGCAGCUACCUACACACUGACGAAUGUGGUUCCUCAGGCUCGAGAGUUCAACAUUGGUCCUUGGAAGGACCACGAGAACACCAUCCGCAGGCGCCUCAACAACUACUGCCGCGGCACCGCCUUUGUGGUCACUGGGGUCACCACAUCGGGGCUCACAAUCCGCCGCCAGAACAUCGAUCGUGUGGGAAUCCCAACCUACCUAUGGUCGGCCUACUGUUGCCCCGAUUAUGACCACAAUGCCCCAUACUCUGAGCGCUCGAAGUUCCCUGCGUUUGCAGCUCAUGGGCUCAACGACAGGGAAAAUAAUAAAGUUAUAGAGAUGACAGUGCAGCAGCUGGAGGAUUUCCUGAAGAGAGUAACUUAUGUUGACAGCACUUUCCAGAUCUUCUAUGACAACUGCGUGCCUCCUAAUGGGGCACCGCAUUUGUCUUAAAAAUGUCAUUGUAUUCCACCAAUGCGCAAAACAAACCACAUUUUUAUUCAUCUUCUCUUUAUCUCCUGCAAAUUGCUCCUCCAUGUAAUUGAAAACUACACCUGCCUCUGUAGGCCUUUUGUUCAGGACAGAGAUUAGGCCGACUGUUUUACAUUUUCUCAAAUGCCUUAACUGCAGCAGGGCUCCGCACCUCAGUUUGCACAAUUCUGACAUACAAAAUUAG